UGCAAAAAAAAAAAAAGGCCCACUUCGAACGAACUUGAUUCUUGAACCAAGCAAAACCUCUCUGAGAAAUCUUUGAAGACGGAAAUCGAAAAACGCGAAGGAGAGAAGAACUCGGGUUGUGUCUCUUGUCCGAAACCAUGACUGGAACGCGGAGGAAAACUCUUGUGCGUAGGGCUAGAAUCCAAAACUCACCCCAAACCUCUGAUUCGGCGGGCGACGUUAAUGGAGGCUCCGGUUUCCAGGGAGAUAAAGGGACACGUGGCAAGAGCCCUGAAGCCCAUGAGAAAGAUAACGAUGGAGGAGAUGGUCUCAUAGAAAAGAGCCCAAUUUUGGGGGACAAUGAAGCUGGUGAUAUUGUAGAUGGGUUAAAGUCUGAUGCUUGCAUUGUGUGUGAUGGAGAAGACAAUAAAGUGUUGUUGUGUCAUGAAACUGUCUGUCCUGUGUCAAUUCAUCGUAGAUGUCUGCCCGAUGAACCCAAUUUCGAUGAACUCGGGAACUUUUACUGCCCAUAUUGUUGGUAUAAGCGACUAGUUGUGAAGUCUUUGAGGUUGCAAGAGAAGGUUAUGGAGGCUGAGAAGUGCCUAAAGGCUAGAGAGAAUUCAGUAGGUGUAGAUAUGGCUGUAACGAUGGAUAGAAAUGACGAACCCGGGUAUGCAAUCAAGGUAAAUAUAUCAUUGGAUAGGAUGAAGAGCCUUAACCCUUGUGAGAAUAGAAGGGAAGAUGGUGAAUUAGAUCAUGGAUGUGUUGAAUUACAGAAAAACCAGCAGAAUGAAACAGUUGCUGCUGAAACCCAUGACCAGGAAGUAUCUGAUAAUGAGGACAGAGCGCAAGGGCAGGAUUCCGAUGUGGUUGAGGGAAGAAAACGGCGCAGAAAAUCUAGUGAUCCGUAUGGAAAUCAAUCUCAUAGGGAGGAAGAGGAGAAUGCAGAAAGAGAACCCGGGGCUGAUCCGGGAAAAGAUGAUGAGGUCAUGAAUGAGCAAGAUAACGGUUUCGGGAAGGAUGGGGAAGCAAAGCCGGACAUUGAACCAUCUAUUUCAUCGCCUGUAUCUACAAAUGCUGAUAACGAAUCUGAUACAUCUAAUCAAGAGUUUGCUCUGGUCAUGAGACCCAAGGUUAAUGUUCGAGAACAACCAACUGAAGCACGGCCUUCUUCUUCGAAGAAACCGUUGUUUGAAUCCAAAAAACUCUCAAGAGGAAACAAACGUUACCAAGAGAAGAGAGCAACUGAGUAUCAUGUUCCCAAACAAAGGUUCACUUUCAUGUGGAAGGAUGAUACAAACUAUGGGAGGAAGCGUAAGCCGCUGUAUUGGACACCCGAAGAGGAAGAAACGCUUCGGGUUGCUGUGGACAAAGUCUCGAGAGCAGCAAACAGGAACAUGCCCUGGCGCAAAGUUUUGGAAUUUGGUCGGGAUAAGUUUCAGGAAGGACGGAUUCCAUCCGACCUCAAGGAGAAGUGGAAGAAGAUGAACAAAAUGUGAUAAGGUGCCAAGGAAAAUGGGUAGAUCUUGAAUUUUCAAGUUGCUAAGCUAAGACACUUUGCUGUUUGGUUCUGUAUCUUUAGCAUUGUUAGUAGUCUGUUUCCCAGGUUCUGUCUCUGCUCCGUAGAUGUAAGAAAUGUUUACAUAUAUAGGAAAAGACCGGUUACUUUGUGGUUUAAGCCCUUUCGAAUAUAGAGAAUAGAUUAAGAUUUUAUUCCAUCGGCCAUGGAAAGAGAAGGUCGUGGGAAGGAAGAACUAGAUGC